AGAUAUUAUAGAGGCGAACUGGGCGCAGGAGAGAGGGGUGAUUACGUAAAGGCCCCCUUUUUCAGACGAGAAGGCGCGUUACUAUUUUGUAUAGUGCUAACAUGUCAGAAAACCAAGAGUCUGAGGCUCAGCUGGAGUCUGGCGAGGAAAAACAGGACUCUCAGGAGAAGGACUCCAGCCCCCUCCAGACGGAGGAGGCCAAGCUCAAAGCCAAGUACCCCAACCUGGGACAGAAACCCGGGGGCACAGACUUCCUGAUGAAGAGGCUACAGAAAGGGCAAAAGUACUUUGACUCUGGGGACUACAACAUGGCGAAGGCGAAGAUGAAGAAGCAGGUGCCGACGGGGGAUAAGAACCUGGUGACGGGAGACCACAUCCCCACGCCCCAGGACCUGCCCCAGCGGAAGUCCUCACUCGUCACCAGCAAGCUGGCGGGAUAGGGGCAGCCCCCGCCCCUCCGCCCCUCUCGCCCUGCCCUCACCCUGCCCUCACCCCCCCCCUCCUCCCACCAGGCUGCACUAGACCUCCCGCUCCGGUUAGGGUUAGGGUUAGGGUUAGGGUUCUUUGUACAUUUUAACGGGGGAAGAAUUUGGGGUGCAGGGGCUCUUUUCUCUGUGCACGUCUGCUCCUAGCAGGGGCUGCUCUGCUGCCCCCCUGCUCCCCCCCCACACACACACACACACACACACACACACUCACACACACCCCACACACACCCCACACAUCACACACAUACACACACACACACACUCACACACACCCCACACAUCACACACAUACACACACACACACCCCACACACACACA